AUGGAUGGAUAUAUUUACUAUGACGAAGAUAUCAUAACCCCAACUACUACUAGACUAGACGGGAAACCAAAACUUGGUGCGUUUUUUAAUAAGGAUGGUUUAUUAAUGAGAACGUAUGGAUGGUUGGUUCGAAAUGCUAUAGGUAUUAUAGUAUUGAUUCAUGGUCUAAAUUCACAUGCAAGGUUAACCUUUUUAAGGCAUAAUGUUGAAAUCGUGGAUAACUCUAAGGCUAUAUUAAAAGAUGAAAACAAUUAUUACGUGUACGAAAACAGCUGGGUAGAACAUUUCAAUAAUAAUGGGUAUUCAGUGUAUGCCUUAGAUUUACAAGGACACGGACUGUCCGAUGGUAUGAUUUCUUUUCAGAAAAUAGCUUCACCACGUUCAUAUAAAUAUAAAUAUUUUUAUUUACCAUUAAUUAGUGGCUUCUUUCCAACGUCAAGAUUUGUUACAAAAAUUGGAUUUCAAAAAUAUCCCUAUCUUAAUGAUCUUGAUAAAAUUCGAUCAAAAAAUGGGAUAACCUUAAAAUAUUGGCAUGAACUUCUAAAAGCAACGAGUAACUUAGAGCAUGAUAUGGAAUAUAUACCCAAUGAUAUUCCUAUAUUGCUAAUUCAUUCCAAAGAUGAUAUUUUUUGUUAUUACAAAGGUGUAUUAUCAUUUUUUAAUAGAUUAAUGAAUGAUAAUAAAGAAUUGAUUACGUUAGAAAAUAUGGAGCACGGGUUGACCACGGAGCCUGGGAACGAAAUGGCCUUAGAAAACAUCAUAGAUUGGAUUGCAAAAUUAGACACAAAAAAAGAAAUGGCCGAACCUUUAGAGGUAAACUAA